ACCUUAUUCUCCACAUGGCAAAGCUAGGCAAAGCAAAGUGGAAAAAUACAUGGAAUAAAAGAAUAAAAUAAGUAUGACUAAAAUUGUUGCAUAAAAUUAUAACUUAAAACAAGAGGAAGAGGAAGCGAGAAUUUCUACUCCAUUAUUGAUAAAAAAAUAAUUAAACAUGCUGAAAGUAUCUAAACCCGUUGUCUUCGUGACUGGAAAUGCUAAAAAAUUGGAAGAAUUUUUAGCUAUUAUGGGGAAGAAUUGUACAAAAAAAAUUAUAAGCAAAAAAGUUGAUCUUCCUGAAUAUCAAGGCGAGAUUGAAGAAAUUUCAGUUGAAAAAUGUAAAGCCGCCGCAGAUAUUGUGAAUGGACCAGUUGUAAUUGAAGACACAUGCCUCUGCUUCAAUGCUAUGAAUGGACUUCCAGGACCGUACAUUAAAUGGUUUUUGGAUAAAUUGGGAGCAGAUGGUUUACACACCAUGUUGAAUGGAUGGGAUGAUAAAACGGCUCAGGCAGUAUGCACGUUUGCAUACACAGAAGGUCCCAAUGAGCCAGUUAUCCUCUUCCAGGGUAGAACUUUCGGCACAAUUGUCACUCCCAAAGGACCAAGAGAUUUUGGCUGGGAUCCCUGCUUCCAACCCGAAGGAUACAAUCAAACUUACGCUGAGAUGCCUAAAGAUCUUAAGAACACAAUUUCUCACCGAAAUAGGGCACUCGAGAAAUUGAAAGAAUAUUUUUCAAGUGAAAAUAACGAACUUCAAUAAUGAUAAAUUUUUUACAUUUCUUUAAUAUUUAUUCCUUGAAUUCCAAUGUUACCAAAGUACUUAUGUUUUUACUUGAAUAACAUAUUUUCGUGAGAAGAUUAUAUAAUUUUACUAGAGAAUUCAUGACAUAUUUUUUAUAAAACUGACAAUUUUUAUUUUAUAACUUCUCUAGAAUUGUAUUGCUACAAAAAUACAGUUGAAUUGUGAAAAUUAAAAUUAAUUUUUAAGCGAAUUGUUAAAAAUUGGUUAUAAAAUUAUAAUCAGAAAAUUAUGAAUAUUAAAUCUCAGCUUAAGAAUAUUACAGACAUAGUUUCAUGUAUUAUAAUAAUAUAAAACAUAUUAUUCUUCUUUGGACUUUUUUUGCUAAACAGUAUUGUCUGAAUUAUUUGUUACUAAGAUAAAAUAAAGAAAAUAUGUACAUAAAA